AUGGACGCACUUUUAGCCAACCUCGGAUACCAGACGGUCAACUUCGCCAUCAAAUCCGGGAUUGCCCUCACGUCCAAGUAUGCCGUCCAGCAAUGCACCCGCCUGCUCAAAACGGUCGAUGAUAAACCGGUCUAUGCAGAGCUCAAAUCUCUGCAAAAGCUCCUCAGCACAAAAAUCAAGGUUGGAUCUCCCAGGUCUGGCCGUGGAAACUCAUUUCUCGAUGCAGCCCAACCAUUAGCAUCUUCCUUACACCGAGAGAUUGUCCGUCUUGGGAAGCGUCUUCAGAAUGCCGCCGCCGAGGAGGAAGCCUCUGGGGACGGCCGCCGUCCUCGGAUGACAGAGGCUCACCAUGCCGAACUGACCAUGAUACUCAGCGAUAUCAAACGCCUACUGGACAGGAUCGACCGAGAUAUUCCCUUCAUCCAGUUGGCCAUCACUGCCUCUGGUGAGAAUAUGUCGACGCCCAUGAACCCUCGCGAAGCUACCUUUUCUCCAUCGAGACUCAUGCAAGCUAGCACCUUGGUUUCUUUUGGGGAUUUGCACUUUAACGGGACGCAGCCGAUUCAGGUUGGCCCGUCGUUCACACUGACCUUGUACAUGCUCUUUGUCGGCCACUCCCAAGUUGAAACACAGAACGAUAAGCACCAGGAGCGAAAUGGAAACGUGGCCAAGAAUGGCUCGCCUUCGGCCCUACAACUUGUCGAAUCCUCAGGAAGUAGAUCAGCCGAUGGGGGAAAUGGCACAGAAAACUCAAAUGAGGUUCCCUACGGGAUAGGAGAGUCCGACAGGAAGCCAAUCUGGCAAGAAGUCAUGCACAAGGCCAGGGUACGUCUCUUGCGGACACCCAUGGGCUGUACAUUUGAUUCCCUGCAUGGGUACUGCACCCUGAAUGGCCAUAACCACAAGGCAGGGUUUAAUGGACCGGCCAAUGGAUACAGUUACCACUUGGAGAUCAUUGAAGAUCUGGACGAUGGACGUAUGCACGACGACAAGGAACAUGGCUUCAAGCCUAAGGAGUUUGAGGGUGUAAGGAUGGCAGGCAUUCGCGAGGCCAUACCGAUCCAUCAGUUCUCCAAGAUCUUCUACACAGACACCGGGGUCAUACUCAACAUCGGCGACGCAGAGAAUGGAUACAACAAUCCAGUCUUGUUGCUGAAACGAGACCUCAGCAUGGUCUCCCCGCACGAAAUGCCGCAGCAAGCGUCUGCUCAGUCAGGCAUCGUCAACCAUGGGUAUUCGGAUGACGAGUCUGACGACCAAGACGAGAUUGAUCGUCAGUUGUGGGAAGAGAGCCAUCUGUCACCAGAUCGGUCUGACGGUCAAAAUCACCCAAACUCGACGAAUUUACCGCCUCACCUUGACCCGGAGUGGUUGGCUCUGGAGGUCUACAUGGACGAUGACGGCGAUGAUUCGGGCUCAGAGACAGCAGACGAAGAAGACAGCAGUAUUGGCUCGCCCCAAAGAGGUUUCUCAGCCGACAACCACCACCUUGCCAACAACAGCCUCUCGGCCGACACCAACCUGAUGCGGCAGUUUAGACAAAUCUCACUCCACUCUGACUCCCCUGCCGGGUCUCCCAUCCGCCAAACAAGUCGCGACAUUGAGAGAAGAAACCCAUCAUCACAACAACAAGAUAUGCCAAGGUCUCCGUUUGACGCCGUCACGUCUUCCCUGUCGCUGCUGGAGAUGCUGAUACGGCUCACGAGCCUCCAAGAGUCCCAGCAGGUCUCCCACUUGGCGAUCCCGGAUGACUUUACGAUGCAUUUCUUGCAAAACACCACCACCACUGGCUAUGCGGGUGAGAUGGCGCGGAGGAUAAAGGAUCAGGCAAAGAGGAGGAUGGGGUUUGAUCCGUAUGAUGAUGGGGAUGUCGAGUCGGAGCCUGGGAAGGAGUUGGGGGUUAAAAGGACGGGUAGGUAG